AUGAAACCUAAUUUAUUCUUCAUUAUUUUAAUUGCCAUCUCUUCCAUAAUAAUAGUAUCUGGAGAUAAAAAACUUAAUAAUAAUUUAUGUAAAAACAAAAAAUUAACAAACGGUCAACAAUUUCGUCAAGGAUCUUGCUCACAAACAAUACAAGGAGAAAUCCCAUCUGUCAAUAAAAUGCCAUCAACGUUAAUAAUAGAACCAAUUAAUGGUCAAAUACUAAAAUCACAACAAUCAUUUAGAGUUAAAACAAAAACUUCAAAUUUAAUAACCGGCUUCUUCACCGAUCCAAACGAAAAAUAUUAUGCCGAACCUCAACUGUUGAAAAAUGGCGUGAUCAAAGGACAUUCUCACGUUACCAUACAAAAACUUGAUGGUAAUAAUUUACCUGAUGCAAAGGAUUUUGCAUUCUUUAAAGGAUUGGAUCAACCAGAUAAAAAUGGAAUUUUAUCAGUUAAAGUAAAAGGUUUAUCGCCCGGUGAUUAUAGAAUUUGUACUUUAGUCUCCUCAUUCUCUCAUCAACCUGUGAUAAUGCCAGUCGCAAAACGUGGUUCACAAGAUGAUUUUGAAAAAAGAUGUUUGUAUGUUUAUGGAGGUAGAUUAUUAACUGCGGAUAAACCUGAGUUUAAACCUGAGUUUAAACCUGAGUUUGAUACUGGCAUUGACACAAAUGAUAUAUUGUAUUUGGAUGUAUCAGUAAACUUUGAUCCAAAAAAACCAGUAUGGAAUCCAUUAACAGCAGAUAGUCCUGUUGCAUUUCACAGUAUGUCAAUUGGAGGUCAAAAUAACAAUUCAUUAAUAAUAUUUGGUGGCAUGUCAAAUGGGAAGGCACUCCCAGAUUCAUUAUAUAUUUUUGAUACAACAAGCAAGUCAUUAGCUUCUAAAGCAGUUACAACAGAAUGUACUAAUCGUGUGCUACACACCUCAGUCACCAAAUAUGAUUCAAAAGUUUUUAUAUUAGGUGGAUCUUCACCUGUUGUUUCAAAUGAUGAUCUCAGUAAUGUAUUAAAUACAUUAUGUGUGUAUGAUUCAUUAACAAACAUAUUUAAAAUGUCAGCAAUAAGUGUUUUACCAAAUGGAAUUUCUCAUCAUACUUCAACUUUACUAAGUGAUAAUCUCAUUUAUGUUAUUGGUGGUAUUAGUAAUGUGGUGGUUGGUACAGGUCCCCCUCCCCUAUCAGACAUGAAUAUAAUUACUAUUUAUGACACUAAUCUAGAUACUUGGACCUCAAAGACUGCUUUAGGUGAUAGAUUUCCUAAAAGAAUAGGUCAUCGAGCUGUUGGAACAACAGACAAGAAAAUUAUUAUUUAUGGUGGUCGUAAUUUUGAUGCAUCAACUGUUUAUGAUGAUUUGUUAGAACUUGAUACAACUACACUGACAUGGAAAACUAUCCGACCUGUGGGAAUAGCUAAACCACCAGGAUUGUUUGAUCAUACAAUGACAUUGGUUGGAACUAAUAUUAUAAUUACAUAUGGAUUUAUGGUGAGUAAAGUAUCAUCAAAUAUAUUUAUACUUGAUUCUACAACCUAUACAUGGUUGGAAACAUAUACACCUAAGAUUCCAACAUCAACUUCUAUGACACCAGCACCAUCACAAACCUCUACAGAUACUUCUGCAACAAAUUCUGAUAAUUUUGGACAAGAUUCUUCAAACACUACUAGUGAUCUUAAUCCCUAUAAAUAUUAUGAAUGA